UGCUCUCUUUCUCUUUCGUCCCCCCUUCCCCCUUCUCUCUCCCUCUAUUCCCCUCCUUUCCCACCUCCCUAACCCCACCCACCUACCUCCCGCCGCCGCCGCCGCCGCCGCCGCCGCCGGAACCCCAUCUCCGGCGGUCCCCCCGAUGCCCUCCUGUCUUCUCUGAAGCCGAAGCCGCCCAUCACUCCCGGGAGUUGGGGGUCCCGCAGCGCGCGAUCGCGAGAUCGGGCUUAUGUCGGGGGGCGGCAGGCCGCCGGCUGCUCAGAAAAUCCUGCAGUCGCUGCGCCCACCCCCGGUGUUCUCCACACCAUCGCGGCCUCCCUUCGCCUCACCCGACGACUACCAUCGCUUUCAUGCGCCGACUACCCCUUCUGCCUCCGGCUCAGGCGGCAUCGGCGCCGGUGGUGUUGGCGGCGAUAUUGAUGAGAGGCUUGUUAUCCGGACGCAGCUAAAAAGAAAAGCCACACGUGAAGAAAAUAAUGUGACUGAGUCGAGUGACUGUAUGAUUGUCACCACUGGAGUUACUGGCAAUCCACUACUCACCCCAGUCUCCGGAAAAGCUGUUAAGAAUUCUAAAUCAAAGGCUAAGAACAAUAAAGCUGGGCCUCAGACACCUACGCCAAAUGUUGGCUCACCACUCAAUCCAUCAACUCCUGCUGGUACUUGCCGCUAUGACAGUUCGUUAGGACUUCUGACAAAGAAGUUCAUCAAUUUGCUGAAGCAAGCUGAGGAUGGCAUUCUAGAUUUGAAUAAUGCUGCAGAAACACUAGAGGUUCAAAAGCGACGCAUAUAUGACAUCACAAAUGUUCUCGAAGGAAUUGGGCUUAUAGAAAAGACACUUAAAAACAGAAUUCGUUGGAAGGGCUUGGAUGAUUCAGGAGUGGAAUUAGAUAAUGGCCUUUCAGGUUUGCAGACAGAAGUUGAAAAUCUUAAUUUGCAGGAGCAAGCCUUAGAUGAGCGUAUAAGUGAUAUGCGCGAAAAGCUAAGGGGGUUAACGGAAGAUGAGAACAGUCAAAGAUGGCUCUAUGUGACGGAAGAUGAUAUCAAGGGAUUACCCUGCUUUCAGAAUGAAACUCUAAUUGCAAUAAAAGCUCCUCAUGGUACCACACUUGAAGUACCAGAUCCUGAUGAGGCUGGUGAUUAUCUCCAGAGGAGAUACAGAAUCGUAUUAAGAAGUACCCUGGGCCCAAUAGAUGUUUACUUAGUUAGUCAAUUUGACGAUGGAUUUGAGAAUUUGGGUGGUGCUGCAACACCUCCAAGGCAUACAAAUGUCCCAGAACACGGACCUUGUGAAGACUUACAUGCAACAUACGCUACACAAAGCAGCAAAUCAAUCAAUGUGGAAUAUAAUAUUCAGCACAGGCAGAAUACUCCACAAGAUCCUACUUCAAAUGAUUAUGGAGGGAUGACAAGGAUAAUCCCUUCAGAUGUUAAUACUGAUGCUGAUUACUGGCUUCUAACAGAGGGUGACGUUAGUAUUACUGACAUGUGGGAAACAGCACCAGAAGUGCAGUGGGACACUGCAGUGUUUUUACCAGAAGAUGUUAGCAGCCCACAUGCACAUCAUAGUCCGCGGAUGGAGGUUCCAAGCAUGGAUCAACCAUAAGGUCAUGGCGGUGAAAACUUGACAUCUGAAAUUCCUGGAGUGCUGUUUCAGUGAUAACUCACAACGUAGCAGCAAAUACUGAUUUCAAAAUUGAAAGAUCAGGGCAGCAAGUUUAGACUGAUCACCGUUCUGAAUUUGUUGUUUGUUGUGGAGACUGUUGGUGCUAACUAACCUAUCAGUCUGCUGCCCUGUUUGUUCUGGAGACUGUUUGUGCCAACUAACUCAUCAGCCUGCUGCCCUGUUUGUUUUGGCACCCGUCCUUCAGUUGAAAAGGCGCCCAUGUGCAUAUUGCACCGUGAAUUCGGACCACUAUGAACAUUCCGGUGUCUGUUUUAUUUAAUUUCUAAUUGAGUAUAUUUUGCAAGGCAAUAGUGGCUUUGUAGCUCUCUUGGGAAUUAUUACCAAUCUUUUUGAGCAAAAACAGUAGGCAAGUCCCCUAUUGUGACUCUUUUUCAUGAUAUAAAUGGAGGUUAUACAAAAGGGUAAUACAAGUGGAGUUGGGUGA